CAUUUCUUAUUCUAACAAACAUUUGUGUAACCAAACUUACUUCAAUCAAAAAAAAAUAUCUCAUCAUAUCAAAUGGCAAAUCAACAAACCAGGAUGAGUUUUUUCGCGAUUGUAUUCGCGAUGAUCUGUUCUGGAGUUGUUGCUCAACCGAGCAACGACUGCACGAACGUGUUGAUCAGUAUGACACCUUGUUUGAACUAUAUUACUGGCAAUUCCUCUGUUCCAACUUCAGGUUGUUGCACUCAACUUGCCACAGUGGUUAACAAUAAUCCAACUUGUUUGUGUCAAGUCCUAAAUGGUGGUGCUUCAAAUUUGGGGCUAAAUAUUAACCAAACUCAGGCUUUGGCACUUCCCACUGCUUGUAAUGUUCAAACUCCACCUCUUAGCCAAUGCAAUGCUGAUUCACCAAAUGGCUCUCCUACUGGAGCACCAACUGAUGGUUCAGGACGUGGAACUAACGGAAUACCAUCACCACGAGAUGGUUCAAAUGAUGCAACUUCAACUAAAAUGGCAGCUCCUCUGUUCUUCUUCCUUCUCUUUGUUGCUUCAACAUUUACCGCGGCCUAAGAUUUUCAGCUACGACUUUCAUGAAUAACGGAAUUGCUAUGUUGAUAGAUUUAUAUUCGCGUAUCGAUUACCAGCUAUAUUUGUUUUAUUUCAUAUGAUCUACAGUCAUUUUCUUGAUGGACAUUAUUGUAUUUUCUUAUUCUUUUAUGUUCACACAUGAUAUAAUAAACUUUUGUAUUGUAUUUGGUAUGUAUUAGUUGAAUGUUUCAA